AUGUUUGGGAGCCUCUCGCAUUCAACUCGCAUUCGUCCUCGAGUUCGUGUGGAAGCCAUUCAGAGCGGAGGUGGCCAGGAGCGUGGCAUUCGAAGUGGAACCGUUCCGACUCCACUGGUCGUUGGAUUGGGGGAAGCCUGUGAAAUCGCUAGCCGUGAAAUGGAGUACGAUCACAAAUGGAUGGAGUUCCUCUCGAAACGCCUGAUGGACCAAAUCUUCGCAUCGCUACCGAAAGUCAUCCGCAAUGGCGAUCCAGUUCAUUCUUAUCCCGGAUGUAUCAAUCUGUCGUUUGCAUACGUUGAGGGUGAAUCGCUGUUGAUGGCGCUGAAAGACGUUGCCCUCUCGAGUGGGUCGGCUUGCACUUCGGCUUCGCUGGAACCGUCGUAUGUGCUGCGUGCGAUUGGUGCCGACGAAGAUCUGGCUCACAGCUCGAUUCGCUUUGGCAUCGGACGGUUUACCACCAUCGAGGAAAUCGACUACAUAGCUGAAAAGUGCAUCAAGCACGUGACUCGACUCCGAGAGAUGUCCCCGCUGUGGGAGAUGGUCCAGGAAGGUAUCGACAUCAAGUCGAUCCAGUGGUCGCAGCAUUAGAGCGGACGGGUCGGGGCAUAUUUUAAAGAGAGAUUUGAUUUUGUAUGUUCUGCUGUGUAUGGUUGAAUUCAGUGAGGGUUUUUUUUUUAAUUGUUAAUCAUUGAUUGUGUUAUUAACACAUCCACUUUUGGUAGUAAGUAGGUAUUGAGACGAGAGAAAAAUAAUGUAUAGCUUUGCUACAUAUGCUAUUAGAGACAGCAAUAAAUCUUAGACAGUGAAAUCAUUGUGAGUAUUUCAUCAUUCACUUGGCGAAAAAACUUCCUAUCAGCGAUUGUUUGAAAUAGUAUAAACUUUGUUAGUUCCCGUCAAGGACGGCGUUGUUACGACUACGCUAAAUUCGCAAAUCUGAGGUAUUCGUGGACUGCCAUCUCAGAUUUGCUUUGGCGCGGAUUAGUUCCACUUAGGGUUAAUUCAACUAAGUUUCGAUUCUAAUUAUUUGAAGACUCCAGGAAAAUCUACGUUUAGAAAGACCUUCUAUUAUUUAAUAAAGAAGUAAAGCAGUAAAGUUAUUAAUAGUUGGUUGGGCAAGCUAAAAUAUCAUUUAAAAAAAUGUGUUCAAUGUCGAUAAGCUUUCCGCAAAAUCCGCACUUCAAAAGCUAUAAAACCGCACAAAAUUUGCGACACUUGUAACAGCCCUGCAGUUGGCUU